AUGGCAAAAGGGCAGUUCGCCAACGCCGUCAUCACACCCAAUGCCGGCAGGAACGUCGGCGCCAACGACAACGACGACAGCGGUGGCGGACACCGUCAGCGACGACGUCGAAAGCUCUUCAUCAUCACCUCCUUCACGCCCCACGCGCCCCAGGAGACGACGCCCGACGCGCCCAUCAACAGCACCGGAAAGAGACGCGUCUACAGCCUUCCUGCCCUCGUUCCCAUCGGGCCACGGCCUCGUUACGGAAGAGUGCCAGGAGCGACCGUCAGGGAGGACGAAGAUCAUGAGGGGGGCGCUCGUGUAUCCUCCUCCGCACCUGAAGAUUCUAGUUUGCACGCGAACUCCGCGCACGAUACAUAUGAUCUGCCCGAGUACAACUGGGCGACUUUCAUGGACCUUUAUGCCGCCGGUCGCUGGAAUUCCUUCCGUAUACCGCGCUUCCCGAUUCCGCACUCCACACCGUCCGUCAAGGCCCAUCACUCGUACUCUGAGCCUCAGCCGCAGGAAGCUGUCCCUAACAGGACUACUGUGCGCCACAACAGUGAUGGCACCCCGCCCAGGCCGGUGAUGUCGACAUCAGUCCCCACCAAACCUUUUCGCGCCAAUGCGCCGACCCUCAAGGGUCUCCCGAUGCAGCGCUUCCGCAACUCGUUCUCUUCCACGAACACGCUAUCGUCUGCUCCCUCGAAUGGCUACAAGAGUCCGAUCAAGUACCCCACCAUUACUUCCUCACACAACGCCGACAUUCAGGCUCAGGCGGCGACAGUCAGAAUGGCAUCCCAAUUCGCUGAUGUGUCCCCCCUUGCACUGCCCUCGCCCGAGCAUGAGCUGACAGAUCCGAUGCACGGCAAUACCGCGACCGUUCCGGGCUCCCAUCUCGCGGACAUGCACAGGGACAAGUACAAGAAGAGCAAUCUGGCGAGGUACGAGUAUUGGGGCGGCAUGCAAGACGUACAGACCGUGCUGGAAACUCAAGACGAUGAUCCUUCCCCGAUAUCCCAGUCCUCGGUCACGGAGUCGUCCAUGACACGUUCUUCGAAGUCCCCGUCCCCAUCGGCCGAGUCCGCAGCAUGUACUGUGGCGCGCACGGAAUCAACCUCGGCCACGACUGUGGACUCUGCUGCGCCUUCGCAAAAGAGCAGCCUUGUCUAUCCGCGCGAUGCCAUCCCACCGCCCGCGACGAUGCCGUCAUUUUCCGUCGAUGAAGAGGAGCCGGGUGACUACUUCGGCGCGCCCAAAGACAGGCCCAAGGAGAGCGUUCGCCGAAUGACAUCCUCCCCCGUCUCGAUGGAACCCCCAUCCUUUGGCUCCUCCGCAACCACGUCCAUCACGCACACUCCGAACUCGAUAUCUGGCAUCGACACCACGAUGUCGGCGCCCCUCGUCCCACGCCGUACGGGCCUCAUGCGGCAGGUGUCGGCGCCCCUCCCAUCGAAGAUCAUAGCCCCGCCGCCGGUGCAGCGCACCCGAACACCACAGGAGAGCUACAUCAUGCGCCAGUCAGCGGAGGCAGAAGAGCGGUACCACAAGCAUGGUUAUCUGCGUGCCCCGAAGCCGCCGGUCGAGAAGGAGCGCAAGCGCGAGUUGCACAAGUUUAACAUUUGGAGGACGUACUCGGAUCCUAAUUUCGAUCGCAUCGUGCGCCUGGUGUAUAUGGUCUUCCAGCCCAAGGGCAUACAAUAUGUCACUAUCUCUCUUGUAGAUGGCGAAGAGGAAUGGUUCAAGUCAGUCGCUGGCUUCCGGCUGGAAGGUUUCGACCGGGCGUCUAGCUUCACGGGACAUGCUAUCCUCCAGAGCAAUGACGAGCCUAUGAUUGUUCUCGAUGCUCAGCGGGAUUGGCGGUUUGCGCGUAGCCCGAUCGUCACCGGCCCUCCUGCGAUUAGGUUUUACGCGGGAUCGCCGUUGCGGACGAAUAAUGGCUUCAACAUCGGCGCGCUGACGGUUAUGUCGACGAAUCCACGACCAGAUUUCUCGCCGUCGGAACGACAAACACUGAAGGAGUUCGCUGCCAUUGUUAUGCGGGAGUUCGAGUUGUGGAAGGACAAAAUCCAGCUACGAAUCCGGGAUAAGAUCCAGAGCUCUAUGGCGGACUUCAGUCGCGAGUGCUUGGAGCUCAACUAUGACGAGGCGGGCACGACGUCCGGCGUCUCGAUGGAAGUCGUGUACGACCGCGCGGCAAAGCUUGUCAAGCAAACGUUGGACGUCGAUGACUGCAAGGUCCUGGACUUCUCGCAUGGGGACGUCCUGGACACUAUGGGCGACGAUGACCGCGAAGAGGAGGAAGAGGGCAGUUCCUCGGUGUCGAUCAUCACGUACCAAGGGACCGGCGUGCCGACGACGAGCAAGCCGUUGACGCCAGAUCAACUGAGGCUGAUCAAUAACUUCUUCGAGAAGCACUCCAAGGGCCGGGUCAUCGAGCCGAUGGAGUCCAUUCUACGGACGACGUUCACCGAGAUCUUACCGACGGACAUUCAGUACGCGCUGACGGUGCCGAUCUAUAACAUCGACAAGCGACCGUUUGCGCUCAUCUGCGCGUACAACCUCGACAAGAAGGACAACAUACGCUACUUGGAGGGGCAUGAACUCUCGUUCCUUCGUGCUAUCGGGGUUAUCAUCUUGAGCGCGGUGCUGAAGAGAAAGAUGAUACUUGCAGACAACGCGAAGAGCCUGUUCAUCUCAAAUAUCUCGCAUGAGUUGCGGACACCGCUGCAUGGCAUCCUCGGGGCGGCGGAUAUGCUCACAUACGAUGGCACAUUGACCGACAACCAGCAAGCGUCGCUGGCGACCGUGAAGGCGUGCGGGCACUCGUUGAUUGAGGUCGUCGAUCACGUCCUGGACUUCACCAAGCUGAGCGGCAACAACUCAAGAUCGGGCGGCGUGGAGAACGUGCUUGUUCCGACCACCGUCGAUCUCGUCACGCUCUUUGAGGAAUCCAUCGAUGGCUGCUGGGUUGGUCACUGCGCUCGCACCCUGGUCGCGGAAGAGUCGUCGAGCGCCAUCGGAAGUCUGUACUCGCCACCGGAGUCGGACUCGCAGCUUCCGAAGAUGCAUGUGGAGACUAUCGUGGACAUUGGACGCAGGACGGAGGGUUGGAAAGUGAAGUGCGAGAAGGGUGGCAUCCGUCGGAUCCUCAUGAACAUCCUUGGCAACAGCUUGAAGUUCACCAAGCAAGGCUUCGUUCUCGUCAGGCUCGUCGAGCUGCCCAUGCAAGAGGGUGACCCAGCAGACAAGGUCAAAUUGGAACUCUCGGUCACGGAUACUGGCAAGGGCAUCACCAAGGAGUUCAUGCAGAACUCGCUGUUCCACCCCUUCGCGCAGCAAGAUCAUCAUCAAGCAGGCACCGGGCUCGGUCUUGCGAUUGUCAAAUCCAUCGUACACUCCAUGGGUGGCACGAUAGAGAUUGCGAGCGAGGAGGGCAAGGGCACUGAGGUCAGAGUUACCUUCUUCGCCGAACCGGUCCACGACGGGAAGCCUACACCCUCGGAAGAGCCAUUGAAAUUGGACGAAGGCGAUCCGCCUGUCGUAUCCCUGCACGGCUUCGACAAUGGCGAGCGCGGCACGCGGUUACUACGCGACGUCCUCACCCGCUACCUCACCGGCUGGUACAACUUCCGCGUCGACGAGGCCGGGCGUGGCAAUGGCCAGAUCCUCGUCGCCAACAACGACCUGGCGCCACUCGUCCGCGCCUUCGAUGCACGCGAUUUCUCGAAGGCCUUUAUCAUCGUCUCCGACUCGCGCCAGUCGCCCGAGCAGCUCGCUCUGAUCAAUGAGUUCGAGCGCUUGGGCGGCUUCUGUCGCGUGAUGUACAAACCUGGAGGUCCGUCGAGACUGCGGGCUGCGUUAGCGCCGUGCUUGCAUUAUUUGAACGUGAAGAGGGCGGGUGCGACGGAGAUGCUGACGCCGGGGACGGGGCCGACGACGCCGAUGAGCGAGGGCUAUGGUGGUGGUGGGAGGGACAUGCUUAUCCCGAGGCGGCCUGGGCUGAAUCGUGCGGUCACGGCGCAUCCCGCAGCGCUGCAUUGGACCAUUCCGGAGACACAGGAUAUCGAGGAAGAGGACACCGAAAUCGAGGUCCCUGCCUUGGCGAUCGGCGAUGGCGCGGCGACAAUCUUGAAAUCUUCGUUAGAGCCGGAGAAGGCCAAACAUGGGCGCAUUCUCGUUGUGGAGGACAACGUGAUUCUGCGGAGGGUUUUAACGAAGUGGAUGAGCAAGAAAGGCUACGACUUCCUGGAUGCUGCAGAUGGUCGCAUGGGUGUUGAGGUGUACAGAGACAAGGGACCCUUCGAUGUCGUUCUCCUUGAUCUCUCCAUGCCCGUGCUCGAUGGCUUUGGUGCAACGGCGGAAAUACGCGAUCUCGAGACGAGUCGAAGUAUGCCUCAUGCCCGUAUACUAGCUCUGACUGGGCGUUCGUCAUUGGACGAUAAACGAAGAGCGUUUGAGGCUGGCGUCGAUGGCUACUUGGUGAAGCCUGUGGAAUUCUCGACGCUCGAAAACAUAUUCCGCAAGCUCGGACUUGCCUCAUGACUGACGACAAUCUCGCACUAGCUCUACUGCUCUCUGAUUCAUUCCGUCCCAUUCUCAUUGCUAUCUAUCCUCACAUGUAGGGAUUGUGUUGUUUUCGCUGCCGGCCCUUCGACACCUGCGCACGCUUGUGCUCUGUUCUGUCGGACCUUCUGCUUCUGGGCUGGUAUGUGUUGUAUACUGGUGCAUUCUUCUUGUACUCUCCCAGGCUUUACAUUGUACAACCCUAUUACACUCAUCUACGCUAUGCCCGCGGACACUCGGGAUGGGUCCUAAUCAUGUACAUUGUGGCGCUCUCCGCUUUGGCAUUGUUGGCAUGUCUUACUCAUAACAUAGUGUAGCAUUACCGGUCCCUCGUGCUUUAGAAUUCAAAGUGGUUAUUGAGCG